UCCAUACAAGGGGUCCACAGAAGAAACCCUAAUCAAACCUUCUAAACCCUACAACCCUUUCCUCGUACCUCCGUUCUUUCUACUGGUUACUCCGAGCUAAUUUCACCUGUAAAACACGAAUAACUGCGAAAUGUACGGAUCCGAUAAAGUUCCCGAUGACUCCGAGCGAACCGCUUUUAGAAGAGCCGAGAAGCAGUACAAGCUCUAUUACGAAUCCAAUUCCAAAAAGAAAAAGCAACCCAAACACGUGGAUUUAUCCGAUGUCCUGGACUUCAAGAACAUUCUAGAAUCUUCCAAUAACAACGGCGAGAUUCCGCCUGGAAUUGUCGCUCUUUCUUCCAAUUUUGGCCUUCCGGUCUUCCGUUUGGAAAAUCGUCCUGGAUUUUAUUUUAUUCCUGAAGCGUUGAGCAUAGAAGAACAAUGCCGAUGGAUAAAGGAGAGUCUAAUAAGCUUUCCGCAGCCUCCUAACAGAACGAAUCACAAUGCAUUUUACGGGCGAAUUCAUGAUCUAUUUUCUGCGGCGAAAGAGAGGAAAUUUCUAGAGAGUUCUAAGGAUGACGAUGAUGAUACCAAAGAGUGGAAAUUGGUGGAAGAAGAUCAAGUGUCAAAGACAUGCAAAUCUAUCUCAGCUUCUGUUCUGCUUCGGAAACUGCGUUGGAGCACUCUUGGCUUGCAAUUUGACUGGUCCAAGAGGAAUUAUGACGUAUCUCUUGCACAUAACAAAAUACCUGAUGCACUCUGUGAACUUGCUAAAAGAAUGGCAUCUCCUGCAAUGCCUAACGGGGAAGAAUUCAAGCCAGAAGCCGCAAUAGUGAACUACUUUGGCUUAGGUGAUACGCUAGGAGGUCACCUUGAUGACAUGGAAAAAGAUUGGAGUAGACCUAUAGUAAGCAUGAGUUUGGGGUGUAAAGCAAUAUUCCUUUUGGGAGGGAAGUCUAGAGAGGAUCCUCCAUUGGCAAUGUUCCUGCGAAGUGGGGAUGUUGUGCUUAUGGCAGGAGAAGCAAGGGAAUGCUAUCAUGGUGUGCCGCGUAUCUUCACAGACAAAGAAAAUGCUGAUAUUUCGCAUCUUGAAUUGCAAUUCUCACAAGAAGAAGAUUGUUGUUUCUUAGAAUACAUCCAGACUUCAAGAAUCAACAUUAACAUUAGACAAGUGUUUUAAGUUUGUUAUUUCCUCUCGUUCAAAUUUAAUUUUUUACACCUGAUUUAUAAAUUCGCAACAGAGCAUACUUUGUUGGCUGUUUUUAUUUGAUGCCAACUAUGCGGCAUUUCUUAAACGGCAUGUCGUUUUAUGUGAAUUACUUGAGAAACGGUUGCCAAAAGCAAAAGUACAUGAC